CUCGUGCUUUAUAAACAGCAUCCACCCGGCGACACCUAGACACCUCGAGAAGACGCCAGACUCAGACGAUUGUUAAAGUCGGAUACCGUGAAACCAUAAGCCAACGCUUCAAUCUUCCCCUGAACCUACAACCUAACUUUAUCUUCGCGCCAUGCAGAAUCUACGGACCACCAGAAUGGAUGACAGUCUUGAACGACUCUUGUCAGAUCUGAUAACGGCGUAUCAUAUCCUUCACAGCCAUGGUGUACUUGACAAAGAGGGUCAGGUUUCCGUCCGCAAUCCACGGGACUCAUCUACAUUCUUCAUCAGCAAUACUCCGGCCAUCCUGGUCUCUUCUAAGAGUGAUCUGAGCCAGUGGUACGUGGCCGAUGGCUCUCCAGUGGCGGGGUUUAUGACGGCUACGAUCAGGUCGACGAGAACCCUCAAUGGUCCGAACAUUACGCCCAUAGCUCCGAUUAUAAUAUGUAUCCAGGGGUACACAGCGUCAUUCAUUCACACUGCUUAAGCGCCAUUGCUUACGGCCUGUGUAACAGCUGGGGUAGCAUGCUGCAGCCCAGCUAUCUGAUGGCCGGGUUUUUGGGGGCAUCUCCUCCUAUUUUCGACAUUGCUAGACAUUAGGAUAGUUUACUGGACUCGUACCCACGGAACUUAUUGGUCAACAACAAGUUCCUUGGAGAUGCGAUGGCCGGGAGAUUCCGGCAACCUCAUGACGGGAUAUGCACCUGCAAAAUGGGCUGUCGGACCUCCCCGAGCAAAAGGUUGUCUUCAUGCGCGGUCACGGAUAUACGACAUGGGCCAAGAACUUGCCGGACGUCGUCUGGAGGGCCAUCCAUAUCCGUCGAGAUGCAGACAUCCAGACAACUGCCAUGAAUCAACGAGGGUUAACAGACCUCGAAAUCGUUUACCUUUCAGAAGGGGAGGCCCGAGACUGUGAGAGAACAAUCAACCAUUGCUGCCCAAAGCACUGGUCAUCGUGGUUGGCGGAAAUAGAAAGAUGUGGGCGCUAUCAGAAUGAUCUGAAAGAGAGCAUGACAGCAGCUUGACAAAAGAGGGAAAAUAUAUGCGCUCCUCCGUUACCGACACAGACUUUGGUAUCGAGAGAGGUUGGAUGUCGCCGCAGACGUCUACAGGAGAACUGGUAGUUCGACGGGUAAGCAGGAGGAGGUUUUCGUUACACGUGGUGCCCAACAUCUUACUUCCACUAAUAUAUUAUGUUACAAAGGACAGUUGAGCUUCGGCAAAAUGAGGUAGCUUGUGCUCUUGGCCGACACAUAGUUGCAAUGUUCAAUGAUAAGUGAAAGCUGGAUUUAUUCUCUUCG